AUGCCGAAAACUAAGAAAAAGUUUAUAGACCGAAAAAAAGCAGUAACAUUUAAUUUGGUGCACCGCUCUCAAAGGGAUCCACUGGUAGCUGAUGAAAAUGCACCUCAACGAGUUCUCGUGCCAGUUAAUGCUGUAAUUCCACCAAAAAAAGAUAAAGAUCCAGAUUUGACUUUAGAGCAAAGAAAAGAGCAGAGAAAGUACGGCAUCUACUUUGAUGAUGACUACAAUUAUCUACAGCAUCUCAAAGAUACCAAGGAAGUCACAAUGGUCCUGCAGCCUAAAACAACACAUAAAAAGAAAGCGAAAACUGAAAGUUUAAUAGAAGAGAAAAAAGAAAUAUCAGAUACAUUAACAUUACCCAGUUCUGUGUUUGCAUCUGAAGUUGAGGAGGAUGUUGGUUUGUUAAACAAAGCUGCUUCGCAAGGUCUCUGCCUGGAUUUGGACCCUGAAGUUGUAGCCGCUCUGGACGACGACUUCGACUUUGAGGAUCCCGACAAUCAAUUGGAGGAUAACUUCAUUGAAAUGGCUAUGGGAGAAGGUGAUGAAGACUCUUAUGAGGAUGAUGAUGACAGCAAGUCAGACGAUGAUGAUUCGGAGAAGGCUUUCGCGUCGGACUUCGAUUCAGAAGACGGCGGCAGUGACUCAGAGGAGCCCGGAAGGGCUAAGAUGCCGUCGUGGGUCGACCGUGAUAAGGACGACACCAAGUCCCGUUUCUCCCAAUACUCGAUGUCAUCGAGUGUCAUCAGACGCAACGCUGGCCUGUCUCUAUUGGACAACAGGUUCGAAAAGAUGUUCGCCGAAUACGACGACACGGAGGUGGGCGCCCUGGACCUGGACGAGAUCGAGGGUUUCCUGCCGGACACGCACGAUAUGCUGCUGCAGGCUGCAGAGGAGUUCGAGCAGUCCCGGAAACGCCAGCACCUGGAUAAGGAGAAGGAGAUAGCCAGAUUACAACGCCUGCAAGAGAUAGAAGAGGAGUCCGAGGAUGACCUGGUUGCAAUGGAAGUGGAACCGAAAGAGAGAUGGGACUGCGAGACCAUACUGUCAACAUACUCAAACCUUUACAACCAUCCAAAGCUGAUUGAAGAGCCCAAGAUGCCGAAGAAGAUAGCCAUCGAUCCCAAGACCGGUAUGCCGAAGGACACCCUCGGGAAAGACAACAAGCUCACCAUCAAGUCCUUGGCGAGGUUCAACGCGCAGAACGAAAGCGCUGCUCGGGUCUCCGACGACGAGGGUUGCACACAAGCGGAGACUGUACUAUCCACCCUCAGUGUACUUUCCAUAAGGCCGAAAGAUGAAUCUUCUGAGGAGAAGAAAGAGAGGAAACGCCUCCUUAGAGAAUACAGAAGAGAGAGGAGAAUAGAGAAGAAGGCAAACAAGGAGGCAUUCAAGGAGGAGAAGAAGCGGCAAGAGAAGAUAAUGCUGAACAAUAGAAAUAAUGUUCAAGGCAACAAAAUAUUU